AUGAAUCAAACUUUAAGGAAUCAACAUCGUUCCAAAAGUGAAGAUCUAAAGUGCAACUGCCUUACAUCGGAAUCCAUCUUGAUUGAGCAUCAAAAUUCGGAUUAUGAUAGCUGUUGGCAGCAAACUUUAUCUACUAAACUUCGAUGUAUAACUACAUCAAUGAUGGAGUCAAAAACCGCACAAACUGAAGCAACUCAUAGUUUGCAAACAACACCGCUUACUACAUUAAAUACACCACGUAGACCAAGACAUAACUUGCUCAAGCAAGUUAGCUUUGAUUUCGACCCGCUAAAAAAGAAUACAACACUUACAUGCCAAAGUCCACUACUAACUGUUGAUAGCGAGAAUUGUAAGAAAGACGAGAAUCGACAUCUAAGUGAUAUUCAACUUCUACGCCAAGUAUACGAUGAGUUACGACAGAAAAUAAGUCAACGAACUUUAAACUUCCUCAACUAUUUUGCAAAUAGUUCACAUGAUCAAAUGGUAAUGAAUACAAUGAAGAUCACGAAAGGAAUUAGUUGGAAGGAAUGCUUCCUUGGUGAAAGAAUGCGUCGUUGGGGUUUCUGGUUUAUCGUCACUUUCUUAGCUGCUAUGACUAUACGAGACGUUAUCCUACUGGUAAUUGAAUAUAUGGAAUAUCCGAAACAAUCUGAUAUGAAUAUAAUGUUUAACGAAUCAAUGUAUAUGCCAAAUAUUACAUUUUGCAUGUCAAAGCAACAAGCCUGGAGCCAUUUUACCCUUAACGGUUCAGGUUCUGCAAGUGAAUGGGAUGAAAAAAUUCAGGAAGAGCUCAGAAAACUGAAUUCUCGGGAAAAAUUUUUGGGUGAUAGCUGGGAUUAUAGAUUAAUCGUUGAAGCAUAUGAAGUUAUAGCGACUCUGAACAGCAUGGAACGUGAAACAACAGCACAAGGAUCAGCCCGAUCCAUUAACUUUUUUCGAACUCAUCCUCGACUUGAAACCAAACGAACAAUGGUCAAGACGUGGCUGAAUGAAAUCAAACAACGUGAUAUAUCAUUUGAAGAAUUAACUCAGAAAGUUGGUUUUGAAACAAUCAAACAUUCUAUACAAAGAUUUCAAAGAACAACAUUCGAUGAAAGUUUGAAAAUCAAAACUAGAUUUCGAACGUCUUGGAUUUCUACCAUGGAGUUUUGUUUUCAACCAUGGUUUGAUACCAACAAUUACUACGAAAUAAGAGACCAGGGAAAUUUCUUUACUAUGCUUUUAUCUCAUAACGUUGAUAACUUGGAAGGGAUUGAUAUUGAUUGUAUGUCUGUAGAUUUUCAUGGACGACCCAGUUCACUAUCACGAUUUAUGGAAGGUCAAGGCCGAGCACGAGAUGGAUUCAACGAUGAUAUAUGCCUUGGUAUUAGACAUGAGGUAACAGUAGAAGUACGCGCAAGAUAUGUAAUGCUUGAAAAUGACGAAAAUGGUACAUCAUGUCGUAAUGCUGAGAAGAAAGGAGAAGGUUUAUUUGAUUGUCGAUCAAGAUGUCGCAUGGAAAUGAUUAGAGAUAUGUGUAACUGUACACCACCAACAUUAAGUUAUCUUGUAGUCAAUACAAAUGAAUAUGAGAAAUAUCCGAUAUGUGAUUAUGAGAAAUGCGAAAUCAAUAUAUCGAACAGAACGUAUUCAGAUCAGAAAUGUACGCGAAAAUGUCAUCGUUUUUGUGACCAAAUUACCUAUGAUGUAAGUCAUGUACAACAUGGAAAAAUGUUCCGUCAAAAUUUAACAGUAAUUAAUCUAAACUGGGGUUCGUUUGAAUAUCUAACUCUGAGACAAUAUUGGGUUUGGUCAAUGCCAACAUUCAUAGCAGCGCUUGGUGGUUCAAUGGGCGCAUGGCUCGGACUAUCAAUUCUCAGUUUAAUACAAGGUGGCACUUACCUAUAUGCUUUUCUCACAACAACAAUCAAAAAGAAGCAUUUACUGCAAAAAAAUAUGCAUAGAAGCAGGACCACCACUUCGUAUAAUGAAGAGGUACUCUGUUGA